UAGGUUACUCGACUUUUAUUUUGAACUAUUAGAACCGGAUGUCACAUCGUGGCCGCUAACUGAGUUUAGCUCCAUCAGCACAUUGUGGCUCCUGGUUUUUGUUCCACUACAGUUAAUAUUUGUAUUGAUCUCCUGGGACAUGGAGACCACAAUGGUUGAGCUGAGGUCGUUCGUCCACCAGAGGCUGUUCUCUGCAGCAGAGGAAAUCCUCGGAGAGGUUCAGAAAACCGUCACGUUAGCUCUGUACCAGGCUGAAGUGAGCCGGUCUAAAGAGGAGCUGGAGCGGCUGAGACACCAGCUGGACCUCCUGAGGAACAAACCAGCUGAGGAGCCUUCACUGACCGGCAGCACAGUGGGAAAUGGAAGCAGUCCCCCAGGAGCCUCUCAAACCAGCACAGAACCAGAGAGAAUGAACUGGAACCACUGCAUGGUCCAGACGGACUUCAAGAGGUCUGAGAUCAAAGAAGAGCCGGAGGAACCUGGGGAAGACGCUCUGACAGAGCCGUCACAUCUGAUAUUAACAAUGACUGCAGAGCCUUCAGUGGAAGGUGGAGAUCAAAAUGACGCUCCAUCGUUGGGGGAGAACCCAGAAUCCUCAACGCCAGAAGAGUCCAACAUGAGUCUGGCUGCUGAGCUCCCAGGACGGGAGGGGGCGGAGCUUAGGGAUGUCAAUCAAACACAACAACAAGAUCAUUCAGAUGCACAAAUAUCAUAUGACAUGCAGCCACUUUCUUCAGACUUCUCUGCUGAUGAGAGUGAGAACAAUGACUGUAGUGAGGAGCUGGUGAACAGCAAUGGAAAACAAACCAAAGCAAUGAAUAGAAAAAGAAAGACGCAAAGUGGCACCAAAAAUGAGAAGCAGCACGCAGCGUUAGCUUACGACAACGCUGCUGCUAAAAGUGAAAGGGGUAGUCUGAGUAGUUGCCAUGUGUGUGGGAAAGGAUUUCACUACAGGGGCUCUUUGAUCAAGCACAUAAAAACACACGAGGAGACAGUCGAUUGCGCCAUUUGCGGGAAAAAAUACCAGUCGAAACAGAAGCUGGACGUCCAUUUGAAAAGUCAUCGCAACACGACAUGUUUUUGCGGCAAGCCCUUUUCUAGUGUCCGUUGCCUCCGGCUGCACGAGAAAGUACACGCGGGCGAAAAAGACUUCACGUGUCACGAAUGCGGCAAGACUUUUACCCAAAACGCGCAACUGAUCGUGCACACGAGGAGCCAUUCUGCAGAGAAACUGUAUAAAUGUGACGUUUGUGGGAAAGAAUUCAGUCAUAGCCACAUCUUGAAGGUGCAUAAAAUAAGUCAUUUAGAGGAGAAACCGUAUCGUUGUGACGUCUGUGGGAAGAAUUUCAAUAUUCGCAGCCGCCUGCAAAUACACAUGAGGUUCCAUUUAACAGACGCACAGUUCCAGUGUGAUAUUUGUGGCAUGAGUUUUAUCAAAAAUAGACAGAUGGUUAUGCAUAGGACGAUGCAUACUGGAGAGAGACCACACGGCUGCAAUAUCUGUGGUAUGGGGUACAGGUUUUCAUCUGGGCUUCAGGCACACAUGAAAAUUCAUGCAAACGAGUGAAAAACGCUACAUUAGCCAGGCAGAUGGACUUGGGGCUCAAUUACAUAAUGACAUGUACGCUGUUAAUACUUGAAUAGUAGUUAGAGACGUUGUUUACCUAAACUGCAGAAGGUAGCAGGCAUUUAUCUGAAGGUUUUUGUUCAUAGUUUUGUAUGAACACUGCAAAAAAGGGUCUAAAAACAAGAUACAAACACUAAGGGCUGCAACUUACGAUUAUUUUCAUUAUUGAUUAAUCUGUUGUCGAUUAGUUGUUUGGUCAAUGUAUAAAAAUAUCAAUCAGUGUUUCCCAAAAACCACAAGAUGACGUUCUCAAAUCUCUUGUUUUGUCCACAAACCAAAGAGAUAUUCAGUUUAUUGUCAUGUCAUAAAGGAACAAAGAAACCAGAAAUAUUCACAUGGAAGAAGCUGAAAUCAGAGAAUUUGGACUUAUUGUCUUUAAAAAAAACUGCUCAAACUAAUUAUUAGAUUCUCAAAAUAGUUGACGAUUAAUGUAAUAAUCGAUUAAUUGUUGCAGCUCUAAAAACACUAAAUCUGAGGGAAAUGAUCUUGCUGCAUGGAUAGAUAAUUUCACUUGACAAGAUUUCUUAAAUUAUAAUAAUAAAUAAAACAAAUAAUCAUCAGGUCACUCUGCUCGGGCCAGUUCAUCGCUGCUGGCAGCUUUAAUUUAUCUUGUUUUAAGAGUUAAUUUCUUAUUUUAAGCGUUCAACAUGCUUAUUUCUAGAUUUAAUAAUCUUAAUUUAAUUUAAAUUAUCUGUCCAUGCAGCAAGAUAAUUCCCCUCAGAUUUAGUGUUUUUAUUUUGUUUUUAGACACCUUUUUUGCUCUUGUUUGGCCUGAUCUGUUCAGUUAAUCUCUUUUAUGUGCUGAGGUUAUGUGCAAAUGUUAUAAAUCGUGUUUAAUUUUUGGUGGAAUGAAGCUUUUUUUUAAAAAACACACUAGUUACUCAUUGUGUCUCCCUGUUCAGUCCCUCUCAUGGAGCUUUACAUUUUACAAAUUAAUGUUAAAUUUUGGUUCAUUUAAAAUAAAAUGCUUUAUACAAGCCUACAUU